AUGGAAAGAGUUAAUCCUAAAAGAAAUUUAUUAUUUGAUUCAUCACAUUUCAUUAACAAAUGCCAACAACGGGAUCAACAGUCCUUGAAAGAUCAUAAAACUCAAUGCUCAAAUUAUCGUGAUGACAGCGAACAAAUUCGAAAGUUGAGAGCAUUUGAAUUUCUAGCUUCUUAUCAUCCAUGCGGUGUAUCAAUUGGUUUCGUAGAAGCUAUCAAAGCUGAAGGCAUGCGAUCUAUUACAAGACAUUUAUUGCGUUCCAUCAUACAUGGUUGUCAAAUGCCUGAUGCGCUUCUAUACGAUUGCGCGUGUACGCUUAAAUUACAUUGGCAAAAGUGGAUAGAUACUGACAUGUUAAAGUUAACUAAUAUAACACGACAACUUCCGAAAUAUAUUGCUCUUGAUAACUUCCAUCAAUGUACACAUACUAGAUCGAUAUGUCAAACCGUUAUGAAGAUGGACCAUCCGUCUCACGAAGGACGGUUUUUGGGAGUAAAUAGUCAAGCAGCCGAAAUUGACUUUCAAUUUAUUGCUAAAGCAAAAUAUUCGUUAAGAAAUUUUUCGUUUCCAUAUUCAACAGUAAUAUUAAUGCUCGUGCUGCAUUUGAAAAACUGUAGAAUCGUUGGCAUCAAUGAAUACCAAAUUGGCUUUUCAUCAUUAUAUUUUUCAAAUGAAAUUAAAGAUUACUUUCUGACACCUAGAGUAUGUGAAACAUUUGGAACAUUCGAUAAGGACGAUGAAAAUACUGAAGAAUUCUAUAUAAUAGAAGAUUAUAAUGAACUAACAACAGAAGAAUAA